CGAGAUGAGCCAUGUGACGUCAGUUUAUGUGUCCGGCAGAAGCCAAGGAGCUUGACAUUAAAGGUGCUGCGGGACGUUUAAACAGAGGUCCGGGUCUUGUGGGCUCUUGAAAAAAAAUCGCGACUGUCCCGCAGGAGGCGGGAUUGCUGGGCGGCGUGCUUUGUACACAGGAGUUGACUGCCUAAGUAAGGUAUGUGCAGCCAGUCACUCUGCAGCUGUUACUGCACUGACAGCCAAACCGUGCAAGUUCACAGGACUGGUCAUUUCCAAGUGUAAAGUUUCUGCUAGUUAUAUGGUAGUUCCAACCAGGCAAACUGUCGAAAUACUACAACUAUUUAGUCUCAUGAUGGAUUCAGAAGCCCAUGAAAAAAGAAAAAGUGACUUGGUCCUUACCACUGCUAAGCAUGAUUACAAACCUUAUGCAGUUACUGUUGGAUCUGGAAAGCAUUACAUAUGUGGUUACUUUGCUGCUUUCACAAACAUAGCUAUCACUUUUCCCAUUCAGAAAGUGCUUUUCCGACAACAGCUGUAUGGAGUAAGAACCAGGGAUGCAGUAAGGCAGCUUCAGACAGAUGGCAUUCGCAACUUGUACCGAGGUAUUCUUCCUCCUCUCAUGCAAAAAACCACUACACUUGCCCUUAUGUUUGGCCUUUAUGAAGAUUUCUCAAGCCUUCUUCUUAGGCACACAAAUUCUCCUGAGGUUGUAACAAGGAGUGUAGCUGCAAUUCUCGCUGGGACAACUGAAGCUUUGCUCACACCCUUUGAGAGAGUUCAGACACUGCUGCAAGACUACAAGCAUCAUGAUCGAUUUACAAACACAUUUCAGGCUUUCAAAGUGUUACGGCCUUAUGGAAUAAGGGAGUACUAUCGUGGCCUGGUUCCCAUACUACUGCGAAAUGGACCUAGCAAUGCUCUCUUUUUUGGUCUUCGUUCUCCAAUUAAGCAGUGCCUUCCAGAAGCUAAAACAUACAGUGCAAAUUUAAUCAAUGACUUUAUAUGUGGUGGACUACUUGGAGCCAUGCUGGGAUUUCUUUUUUUUCCAAUUAAUGUGGUAAAGGCCCGCAUGCAGUCCCAGAUAGGGGGAGAAUUUAUUUCAUUUGGAAAAGUCCUCAUGAUAAUAUGGACAGAGCGUGAUGGCAAACUAACUCACCUUUUCCGUGGGGCACAUUUGAACUAUCAUCGUUCAAUUUUGUCUUGGGGCAUCAUCAAUGCAACGUAUGAGCUGCUGUUAAAAGUACUUUAAGCAGAAAUGUAAUGUGUUAUUAUGUCUUUUAUCUCAGUCUGGGGAUCAAAAUAUUAUAGUACCAAUACAGGAAUAUAGUUGUGUACAAUGAAAGAAUGUAGUAGUUUGUGAAAAACAAAGCAGACUCAUUCGUUAUUGAAUGAAAGUGUUUGCUUAUACAGUUAUUUGUGCAUGACAUUUGUUGUUGGCAGGCUAAGAACAUGGUACUUUUGUGCACAUCUGUCUGGGUAUACUUUCUGCAAGCUUUAAACUUUGCCAAAAAUGAUGACAUACAUAAGCAGCCAUUAACCUAACAUUUACCACUGUAUCUGUAUUGAUGUUGGUGCUAUAAAUGCUAAUUCUAAAAUUUUUUGCUGUGGUUUGAAGAUAAAAAGUUUGUUUAAAUGAAUUUUCAUUUACACUGCUUUGCUCUAUGAAAAAUAUUGCUGUAUGCAAUAUUACACACUUAAUAAUUUGAUAUUUAAUGAAUCCUCUCUGCUUGCUUGAGGACACAAUUUCUUGUGGGAACGCAGGGCAUACCAGAAAGGUACCAAAGCACAAUAAUUUGGGGGACUGUAGCAAACUGUGUUACCACAAAUAAAAAUGAGCAAAUAAAAUGGAGCAAAUUCUAUAGUAUAACCUUUACUUCUUUCUGCCCAUAUUUUUAGCUUCUAAACUUAAAAAAAAAAAAAAAUCCUAAUCCUCCACAUAACAUUUGGCAGAAUAAAGACCCCAUUCUAAAUGAAAUGUUACAUAAUAGAAUUUGAUAGGAAUAAAAAAAUUGCUUCAUCUGUGAACUAAAAAACUAGAAAUCCAGGAUUUAGCCCUGUGUUGUUGCGGAAUUUUUUUUACAACACAAAAUAAAGGUUGCAUUGAAUGUGUUGUGCAGGGUAUAUGUGAUGCCCAGGUCUGCUAUUAUUGUACAGCAACCGUAACUGUCAAAUUCGAUUUGGUUUCUGAGAUACAUGCAUUUUUACAUUGCAACCAAAGGGUUAACUGACUAUACAGAAAAUGCAUAGACAUUGAAAGAGGGCUGAAAACCUGUAUUACCAGUUUAAAACUGCUAAUAUAUUUAAAAAUAUAUUUAAAUUGUAAAAGUGCUUACACAGCCACCUUGAGCAAGUCAACAUUGAUUCAUUUUUUUGAUGAGAGUCAUAUGACCUAGAUGCUGUCAAUAGACUUCAUAUAGAAUCAUAUAGACUUCUUAAAGAGUCACCAUACCGUUUAAAAUUCCAGCUGGCACUACUGCUCUAAACAGCUUUGCUCUGUCGGAAGGAGAUGAAAUAUUGCUGUGCAUUCCAGUGGAGACCUGGGUGGCAUUAUGUUUUUUGAUGGGCCCAUUGGUUGAGGUUACCCAGUUACCACAGUCUGACACCUCUUACCACAGUGGAAUACCUCUGUUUAUAGUUUUAUGGUAUCUCUCAGUACAGGCCAUAAAAAAAAAACAAGGAAGUUGUCACUACUGUAGGAUCCCAUCACACGCUCAGCCUGCAAUUCCACACCCUGGCCUGGCUUCCAUUCUGUAAUAAAUUUGAAACACAUUCAUAUAAUGGAAGGAAGGUUGUGGCCAGCCUGCCAGUGUCAGUGGUUGCUUUGGAUAAAACUGCAAUCUCAGUCUGUUGUAGUUGGUAUAGGCUUUGUUGCCGGCUAUCUUUUUUACAGAGUAAUUCCUGGUUUUCUUCCCCCUCCUUUGUUGCUCAGACUCAACUUUGGUUGCAGUUUUAGCAGACGUAUUGUGGCAAAAUAAAGAUAUGUCCAACUGAUAUAUGGGAUCAGCAGGUUGUAACUGCAUAGGCCCCCACUUUGGCGUGAUCUGACUGUUUGGCCAGGCCUAAUAAUUAGGUCAUUGCAAUUUCACCUUACCAUAAAUGCAGUCAGGUCAGAUAUUCCACAGCUUAGUUGUCUGUGGCUACUCUGAAGUGACUCUUACACAGUGUUUUGUGACUUUAAGGAGUGCAUGUGAACAUAAAAUAAGCAUGUAAUUUCUACCAUUUCUGAUGCUGGUCAAAUACCUUGCCAUUGAUGGUUAUUGGCAGACCAGAUAUUCUGCCAUGGCAGAGUGCCAUUUGAUUAGUUUGUAUUAUAUUUUGUCACUUUAUGCAACAGGGAUCUGCACAGCCAAUGAAUCUUAGGGGCAGACAUAUGAUGGUUUGAGCCUUUUGGCUCAAGCAAUCACAAAGAAAACCCUGCAUCUAUUGAAUGCAUCUAAUGAAUAACUAUGUAUGGCCACCUUUUCUUCAGUUUAUGUAUCACACAUGAAAUGGAAGAGUUUCAGUUAUAGAACUUUUAUUUGUUCUGAUAAUUGAGAAACAAACACUUGAACAAAGCAAUGUCAGUUGUAUUCCAUUUGGAUACUGAACAAAUGUAGACUAAUGAACAAUACUGGGCUGCAGUGGCCCGUAAUAUUGCAAACAAAAAGAACAAAAGGCGUGGUGAUGGUGUUGAAACUUUUUGUGGAUCCACAUAAAACUAAUUGUUAACGCUUGAAUAUAACUUGCAUAGACUGACCAACUGGACAUGUUAGGUAAAUUUAUAAAUGAAUGUUUAUAAAAUACACUCCACAAACUAUUUACCUUGCAGACAUACCUCAGUGUUGACAUACACACAACAAAUGCAACUAAAAUGAUUGAUUUAAGCACAACCUGAGGGUAGAAAACACCUGAAAUGUCACACCUUCAUACAGUGUAGUAAGUUAUGAAAGGCUAUAUGCAACAUGCUUUUACAAGUCCCCAGUGUGCCAACCAUGCUAAUGUCAUGUAAAGCCAUCAUCUGCUCUUUUGUCACCACUUGCAGCACAUCUAAGCUACCAUAGCACAGUACCUUUAGCUUUGUAUUAGAUGUGUUAUACAAGCUGGAAAGCCUUCUUGUGCUUAAAACUGUCUUAAAAAAUAACACUGCCUAAAUACAGAUAUAUAUAUAUAUAUAUAUAUAUAUAUAUAUAAAGACCAAGGCACAAUACUUCAUUUUAUUUUACAUAGAAAACAUUUAAUAAUAGAAUUUCUUCUACUCUUUAUAUGAAAUAAGCAACUGUAAAAUGUUUUUCAAUUAUACCAAACAAGCUGAUCUGCAAUGUUUUAUUUGCUGUUUCUUGCUGUUAAAAAUCUCAUUUUAUUCUACAGAUGAAUAUUAUGUUGUACUGUAGCAUCAGUACUUAAUAGUAGCCAUACAAGUGUUUAUUUAUGGAUAGCUUAUAUGUUAAAUGGUGUUAUUAUUGCCAAGUUCACUGUGGUUUUGUUUUUCUGUGUUUGUGUCUGCGCAUAAUGUGUGGGCGUUUUUGAUACUUUUUUUUAUAUAAUCACAGUCUCUUAUAAAACCAAAAUGAUUAUAGAAGUUAUUACUAUCUACUUUUAUCACUUGUCAGUUGCAGCAGAUAAAGCAAUAUAUGCACCAGUGUUUGACAUGAGCCAAAUAAAUAGGCCAUGUAUUGAAAAUUGGUUAUGCCUUUACUUUACUGACAUUUCUUGGGCCAUAAUGCUCUAAAUAGCUGACAGUACGGGACUAAGUGUACAGAGGAUCUAUCAUUCAAUUGCACUAUUUAGUGAAACAAAUAGCAUUAACUAUACUUUUUGAAUUAACUUAUUAUUGGAACAUAUUUCCAGCACUUGUCCUGUUUCUAAGUCUGAUGUUAAAGACAAGUGUGUAUUGCCUCGUUAUAUAACACUGCUGUAUUGUGAUAUUGGUACAUUCCCUUGCUUAAUUCUGAAAGUUGAUUUGUACAACCAGCAUCUGUAAAUUGUCCCGAAAGUUGAUGUUGCUGUGAUUCAGCAUCCAGAAUUCUGAUCAUCACUGGAUUAAAGUUAGGGAAGAGUCAUGGGGUUCCCCAGAAAGUAAUAUGUAAAGUCAAAAAAUAUGUAGUGCUUUUUCAGUUGAUAUAUUGUACCAUAUUAUGUCAUACCACUCAUACCAGUGCUUCUGAAUAGAGAAACCAUUUCUUUCUUGCUAUCGUAGAAUCUUGAACUUUCAUUUUUCACUCUGUUUUGCCACAGCCCUUUAUUCAUUUUGUGAUUCACUGUAAUUGUCUUUGUGAUUUUAAAUGACAGGACUGAGUGCAAUAAAACAAAAUUGAUGAUUAGU